AUGGCCUCGAAACUCACUCCCUACCUCGUCAGAAGUGCCUUCCGGCCAGUCCGCAUAGCUUCAAGAACACAAUGCCGGACAUUCACAGCCACCAGGACGGUCGCAAGUGGUUCGCUCGCGGUCCAUCGAGAUACCCCCGUGAACAAUGCCAAAAUCCCCUUCAAGUUUACGGAGCAGAACAAUAAGCUCAUCGAUGAAAUCCUGAAGCGAUACCCAUCACAAUACAAGAAGGCCGCGGUGAUGCCCAUACUGGAUCUCGGACAGCGGCAGCACGGCUUUUGCAGCCUAAGCGUCAUGAACGAGGUUGCAAGGUUAUUGGAGAUGCCGCCGAUGCGUGUGUAUGAAGUUGCUACGUUUUAUACCAUGUACAACCGAAACCCGGUGGGAAAAUUACAUGUACAAGUCUGCACAACGACUCCGUGCCAGCUCGGUGGAUGUGGAAGUGACUCGAUUGUAAAAGCAGUCACGGAUCAUCUCGGUAUCAAAGGCGGAGAGACUACCAAAGACGGCCUUUUCACCUUCGUCGAAGUAGAAUGCCUCGGCGCAUGCGUCAAUGCUCCCAUGGUCCAAAUCAACGAUGACUACUAUGAGGACCUAACACCAGAGAGCAUCAUUCAGCUGUUGAAGGCGUUCCAAGAGAGUGCGAAUGAUAUCCAGGGCACAGGGGCUACGGGCGCGCUGACUGGGAAGGACGAUAAGGUCAAGAGUGGUGUGGAGGUCGGAGUAGGAUCUGGUAAAGCAGCUGGGAAGGGGGGCUUGAAGAUUCCUGCGCCAGGCCCGAUGAGCUCGAGGAGGUCAUGCGAGAAUAGUGUGGGCUUGACGAACUUGACUAGCGAACCUUGGGGUACGGAGGUUUUCAGGAAAGACCUGUAG